GACGUGGUGUUUGCAGCGUUUGCUUUCUUCAUCUCCACCUGAAUAACUACAGGAAUUCUGGGAAUGGCGCAAGCUGAUGCCACUUUGAUCGAAUCACGAUUCUGCGGUCGGGUAUUACAGCUUGGGUUUAUCGGUUAACUGCCUUGAGGGUAUUGUUCUUGAGUGUUACCCGGCUGUGCUUGCUGGUGAAUAACGGGCGGGCUCUUCUAUCCGAGUGCGACAUUCCAAUUCCAUUAAUCCAGGGGAGGAGGAUAUCCGUUUGAAACAGCGAGAUACUAUCGAUAUCAAUAUUGAGGAUAAUUCACCGAGGAAGAAAUAUCCUGGAUUGCCAACUUGUUGCACCGCCUACGUAAUCUCCGUCUCGAUAUCCAUGGUUUAACAUACAGCUUCAUAUUCUUAACUGGCACAACAUCAUCAUGGCUGGUCUAUUUCGUCUCCUUCGAACACAAUAUACCCCUCCCACCGACCCAACAGGGUCAUUCGCUGGCAAAACAGUCCUCCUAACAGGCGCAACAGCCGGCCUUGGCUUCGAAGCAGCCAUCAAAUUCCUCAAUCUCGGCGUGGAUUCUCUCAUCAUCGGAAGUCGCAGUCUGGAUAAAGGCCAUGCGGCAAAGACAGAACUCGAGAAGCGCACCAACCGACCGGGGGUGAUUGAAGUCUGGGAACUAGAGAUGAGCAGCUACCAGAGCGUCAAGAACUUUGCCCGUCGCGUCGAUAGAGACAUCAAGCAGCUGGACGUGGCAUUGCUUAAUGCCGGUCUGUGGAAUCGGGAUUACAAGAUGUCGUCUGAAGGGUGGGAGGAGACGUUGCAGGUCAACGCGCUUUCGACCUCACUUUUGGCGCUGCUGUUGCUUCCCAAGUUGAGGAGUGCUGCGUCGGUUGCGAACCCGGCGCAUCUUACUGUCGUGUCGAGUCAACAGUUUGUUCGGGUCCAGGCUGAGAGUCUCAGGACGGAUGGGUCUCUACUGGAGCAUUUGAACGAGUCGCAUCGCUUUGCCGGUCCCAAGCAGUACGGCAUCUCGAAGCUUCUACUGGAGUAUGUUCUCAAGACCAUCGCUGGUCUGACUCGCAAUGAAGACGGAACGAUCCCAGUCAUCGUCAACACCAUCAGUCCAGGUUUCUGCAUCUCGUCUCUCGGGCGGCAAUAUGACAAGUUCUACGAGCGAUGGCUGGUUUGGAUUGUGCAUAGGCUGUUUGCCCGUACAACCGAGCAGGGGAGUCGGUCGCUUGUCAGUGGGACAUAUCAGGGUGUAGAGUCACAUGGGAAAUGCUGGAGAAGCGAUGGAUAUUUAGAGUGAGUGGUGUUGUGUUUGAUCAUGCGAUCAUUACUGACGAUAUACAGCGAGUCCAAGGCGUUAACGGUGGGCGCAGAGGGGAAGCAAUUCCAGACAAAGGCCUGGAAGGAAAUCAUUGAAAUUCUGCAAAAACAGGCAGAGGUUGAAGACAUCAUCAGACAAUUGUCCAGUCAUAAUGUAUAAAUAAUAAUAAUAUCUAAUAUCUAAUUAUUAACCUCAUGAUAGAAUUCAAGUGUAACCACCAG